AUGACGUCGCAGAUGCUGCGAGUGCUGAUCGGCACGAACGGGCGGCAAUAUUGGCGGGCCCUCUACAUGCGCCUUGUGGCUAUGCAGCCAUCCCCGUCGUUCAGGAUUGCUCCAUCGCUGCAGGGCAUCUGGGGUGACUCGUUCAAGCACUCCAAUGGCGGCGACAUUGUCGUCCCAGCCAUGAAUGCGCAGGAAUGGAAGACCUUUCCAUUCUCCCACCACUGUCUUGCCCCACGCGGAUACGUCUGGCUCAUGGAGCGAUUCCAGAUCCAGUUCUACGAGACAUACAUAUUGCAGUGCACCCGCAAAUGCCUUGUCUGCUGGACGACCUCGAAUCAAGUUCACUGGGUCCCAGCCUGGGAUGUGCGUUUGUGCUGCUGUCUUCUCGAUCAAAUGUACACCAUCGAGAUGGCCAAGGAGAGUCUCAUGCUCGACCACGAUGACCUGAAGCUCGCCCAGGUGUGGGACUGCAGCAACGUCGCCCCUGACGGUGGAGAUGGCCAGUCGUGGCUGUUCUACUUCAAGCCGCAGUGCCAAAGGAUAGCAAUGAAGAAAUAUGAAAGGCUGUCAGAGUACCUCGACUCAAGCAUCGUCGAAGAAGCACAUCUAGUGUUCGGAACCGACUCCCGGAUACCUCUUGUCCCCGAAGUCAAUUCAGAUCUCACAGAGACUGAGUGUGACGAUUGCGAUAUAAAUCGCCAGAUGAUCAGCAUGUCACAACAACAGCUUCCCGCAUAUACCGUGCUGAAGUCCUCGAUGCGAUUCUUCAGCGACAUGUAUCUGGAUUUGUCCUCAAAGAUGCUCUGGAUGAAGUCGUCGACAUUUAUCACGCAUUUGUCGAAAAUCGAGAUCCAAAAUUUUGUCCGCAAUCGGGGAAUGACUGAGCGCCAUCUUACGGAGAAACUGCAGCGCCAUAUUGCCGCGCUCCAGCGAACGACUCGGAUCGAGUUUGUGUGGCAGUCAGUUGUCUCCAGCUGCAAGUACCAGGCUUUAUUUGAAUGUGCCGACGAGCGACAUAGGUUCAGUGCAAGUCUGUUCAUGAACUGUGCGCUGUGGUCUGUGGUUUCAAGGUCCAGCAAUGCGCUCUGGAGAUAUCUCGACGAUCCAUCCAUGGUGGGCUGGACGGAUCUCAUCGACGAUCUCCUCGGCCGAAUUGCACGUAUCCACGAGCAGCAGAUCCCUACAUCGGCAUGCAUUGUCUUCCACGACCAUUUUGGAUCGGUGGUGACAAAGUCUCAGACAUGA